AUGAACACCGCAUAUGAAAAACCAAAGAAAUAUGUUCCAGGCCCAGGUGACCCAGUACUACCACCCCAAUUAACUGAGUUUUCUAAUAAAACAUCAGAUGAAGUUUUAAAAGAAUUAAAUAAAAUGCCAUUUUUUAUGAGCCAACUCGACGAUGAUAAUAGUGGUCAUGAAAAUGUAGAGCUAGAAGCUUUAAAAGCUAUGAACUACGAAGGUGAACCGGAUGAAAUUGCAGGGAACUUUAAAAAUCAGGGUAAUGAAUUAUUUAAAAUCAAAAGAUAUAAAGAUGCUCGAGAAUAUUAUACAAAAGGCUUGGAAAUAGAUUUUGGGGGUUUAGAUAGGGAUAUUAAGUUUUCUGAACUGAUAUCAACUUUGUUUGCGAAUAGAGCCGCUUGUGAAUUAGAAUUAAAAAAUUAUAGAAAAUGUAUAAAUGAUUCAAAAAAAAGUUUGGAAUAUAACCCCAAGAACAUUAAAGCUUAUUAUCGUAUUGGUAAAGCAUUAUUCUAUAUUGAUAAGUUGGAAGAAAGUACAGAAGCCAUUAAUUUUGGUUUGAAAUUUGAUCCAGAAAAUAAACCUUUACAAAGUUUAUUAUUAAACGUUAAUAAAAAAAAGAUAGAAAAAGAAGCUUCCAAAAAACAAACUUUGGCCCAUUUAAAGGAGAUCGAGAGACAGGAAGAACUAUUAAAGGCAUCUUUAGAUGUAAGAAGGUUCACAAAUAUUAAUACAUCUCAUCCAGCGGAUAUUUUAAAGGAAGCUAAAAUGUAUUUGGAAGAAAAGGAUGUGGUUGAUUCCCAAUUAAUUUUCCCUGCAGUUGUCCUUUAUCCUACUACUGAUGAAUUUGAUUUUAUUGCAGAAACUGGCGAAUUGAGUACGCCGAAUGAACUUUUGCAGCUUGUUAUGCAAAGACCGCAAGAAUAUUUCCAACAAUCAGGACAUGAAAAUUUCUCUGUUAAAAACUUACAAGUGUUUAUGGAAACCGAAGCUGGUGGAUUGGUUAAAGUCGGUAAAAAUAUGACUUUCCAUGAUAUAUUGAAAACAGAAAAGCCAGUUAUACCAUUAUUCGAUAGAUCUUUAAGAGUUUAUUUUGUUCCUAAACAAGAAAGUGCAGAAUGGUUAAAUAACUGGGAUAAGAAUGCCGCGUUGGAAAGAAGAAGCUCUUCCGUCGUAACUAAAUAA